AUGUCUGACCUGAAGGUCGAACUUACUGCGCCCAACGGCAGAAAGAUCACUCUGCCUACCGGUCUCUUCAUCAACAAUGAAUUCGUCAAGGCCACCUCAAACCAGAAGGUCACCAGUAUAAACCCUACAGACGAGUCGGAAAUCUGCUCAGUCGAAGCAGCAUCCGCUGAUGAUGUUGACAAGGCCGUCAAGGCCGCACGAGCUGCCUUCAACGACCCUUCAUGGCGAGACCUUCCUCCCACCGACCGCGGUGCUAUAAUGUACAAGUUCGCCGAUUUGAUCGAAGCAAACAGAGAGACUUUAGCCACUUUAGAGACAUGGGACAACGGCAAGCCGUACAGUGUCGCAUUCAACGACGAUCUCGGCGAAGUCAUCGGCACGUUGAGAUAUUAUGCCGGCUGGGCAGACAAGAUCCAAGGCGAGACCAUCUCCACGCAUUCCCAGAAGUUUGCAUACACUCUGAAGCAACCAAUUGGUGUAUGUGGUCAAAUCAUCCCCUGGAACUACCCUCUCGCCAUGGCUGCGUGGAAGCUGGGUCCUGCCCUAGCGUGCGGCAACACCAUCGUUAUGAAGCCCGCUGAACAAACACCCUUGUCUAUCCUCUAUCUCGCAACCCUCAUUCCUGAAGCAGGUUUCCCCAAAGGCGUCAUCAACAUCGUCAACGGUUUCGGCCGUGAAGCUGGUCACGCCCUCGCUUCGCAUCUGGAUGUGGACAAGAUCGCAUUCACCGGAAGCACCCUUACCGGCAAGCAGAUCAUGAAGACUGCCAGCGUGAACAUGAAGAACAUCACCCUUGAAACCGGUGGAAAGUCACCGCUGUUGGUCUUUGACGAUGCGGACCUUGAACAGGCCGCCAAGUGGGCACACAUCGGUAUCAUGAGCAACAUGGGUCAAAUUUGCACAGCUACAUCUCGUGUCAUUGUCCAAGAGGGCGUGUACGACAAAUUCGUCGAACUGUUCAAGGAGGUCGUCAAGAGCACAUCCAAGGUUGGUGAUCCUUUCGCGGAAGACACCUUCCAAGGCCCACAGGUCACCAAGGCGCAAUACGAACGUGUUCUGGGCUACAUUGAGGCCGGCAAGAGUGAGGGCGCCAACCUCGUCAGCGGUGGUGUCCCACACAAGAACGUUGGUGGCGGCAAGGGUUUCUUCAUUGAGCCUACGAUAUUUACAGGAGUCAAGGACGACAUGAAGAUCUACCGUGAGGAGGUCUUCGGUCCUUUCGUUGUGGUCGCUUCUUUCAAGAGUGAAGAGGAUGCGAUUCGGAUGGCGAACGACACGACUUACGGACUCGGCAGCGCCCUCUUCACGCGUGACAUCGAGCGAGCGCACCGCGUUGCCAGCCGCAUUGAGGCAGGCAUGGUCUGGGUGAACAGCAGCAACGACUCGGACUUCCGAGUACCGUUCGGUGGCGUGAAGCAGUCUGGUAUCGGAAGAGAAUUGGGUGAGGCUGGCCUGGCAGCGUACAGCCAGACCAAGGCGGUGCAUAUCAACAUGGGCUUGAAACUAUAA